UGACUGAGCAAGGGGGAAGGCAGACUAUAAGAAUACGGACUCAAAGCAAACUGGGUCAGAGCAAAAGAUUUUCUCUUCAAGACGUCGUGUGGAGUCCUGAAUGUGAGCACCGAACAGCAAAUAGCAACAGCGAGAACCGCAGCAACCAUGAAGUUUCAAACUCUUGCCAUCCUUCUGCUUUUCACCUGCAUGUACCUGAGUGUGGCGCAAGGCUCCUACGACAACUGCUGCCUCGGCUAUGUUAGAGAGGUUGGAAAAGGUGUAAAGAGGAACAUCGAGAGCUACAGGAUACAGGAAACAGAUGGUGAUUGCAACAUCAGAGCGGUUGUGUUUACGAUGAAAAAGAGGCGCAAUGGCAUUCAGAAAACCCUUUGUGGCAAUCCUACGGAGUCCUGGGUGCAGGAGCAGUUGAGAAUUGUGGGUAAAAGAAACCUGAAAAAGAGUCCUUAAAGGAGAAAUACCAGAGAGAAGAGAGAAAAGGGGUCAUUUCACCUCCCUGUCAGGCGUCGUUUGUCAUCUUUAAACACAUGGAUUGUGUUUCCUUAUUUUUAUAUUUCCUGUUGCUGAGAGUGAAUAUAAAACAUGUAUGCAGUCCUUUAUAGCACAAUCAUAGUUUAUCAUGAAAGUUAUAGCCAGUAUCAACAAUUUCAUUUAUAUGAGCCAUUACUAUGAUACUGUCCAUUUCUCUAUGAUGUGUAGAACCUGCUAAGAAUGAGCCACUCUUUGGCAGCUUUAAAAUGUGAGUAAAUCUGUGUCAAUAAAUAGAAACACCUUUGUGAUAAGCUGAUUUUCUUUUUUAUAUAGAUAUAUGCAUAUAUACAGCAAACUAUUUUUGUAUCCACACUAAAUGUACAUUGUUUUUCCUACAAUAAAAAAGUGGAUUAAAAA